CGUUGGUGGACAGCCAUUUUUAGGUCUCUCCAGAGAUGCUCAAUUGGGUUUAAGUCAGAGCUCUGGCUGGGCCAUUCAAGAACAGUCACGGAGUUGUUGUGAAGCCUAGGGCUGUUCGAUUCAGAUUCCAAUUCCUGUUUCUGGAAUCGAAAGAAUCGAUUCCAAGAAUCGAUUUUUUUUUUAUAAAUGCCAACACCGUGUCUAACAUUGUCGCGUCUUACCGUGCCACAUAGCAAGUAACUGUGCGUUCACACCGCCGGCGGCGAGAACGUCAAAAUUAGCUCUGGCCGCCCUGCUGUCGACGCUGUCGAAAGAUUCUUGGACGCCCUGACGUAGAUCGAAUGCUUAAACAUCAUUUAAAGGGGCCGCAAAUCAAUUAAGCAUAUCGAUCUUGUGCAGACUGACCACAAGAUGAAAUCUUUUAAAUGUGAAAGUAAGAAAUUGAUUGAUGGAAUUAACUUACGUAAUUAUACAUGUUUGAUAACGAAAUAAAGCAGUUAAAAGCUAUUUGUGUGGUGUGGCUUUUGUGUUAAUGGUUUAGUGCUAGUCUAAUUUCAACAUUCAGUUUCUAGGAGACGUUUAGCCUUCGUAUUUAAUUAAUUAACAUUAAUAUUCAUUUGUGUGCAACCUACAUUACAAACUAUCCUGGCUGAAGUGUAUCCUUCUUAACGCAAUUGGUCAAAUCGGUGUUGUUUUGAGCAAAUGAAUUGCAUUCCCGCUGAAUAAAAGCGUUCUAGCGGCAAAAUGUUGCCUAUAAUAGUGUUGCGCGCCUACUCAUCAAUAUCACUAUGGAUGAUCAAGUUGUUGCGUUUGGUGUGGCAUUGCUCUACUUGCGGAGAAGACGUCGGAGAUCGGUGUGGGUGCAUGCCAUUCUCCAAGCCCGUCAACAGCUCGGGGAAUAUCACCGGCUGGUGCAGGAGUUGCGGCUGGAUGACAGCAGGUUCCAGCGAUACUUCAGGCUGGACAGGGACCAGUUUGACAGCCUGCUGUCAAAAGUGGGGCUGCGAAUUGCGAGGCAGGACACCAACUACCGGCGCGCAAUUAAUGCGGCUGAGCGCCUCGCAAUUUGUCUACGAUUCUUGGCCACUGGAGACUCCUACCGCACCAUAGCUUUCAGCUAUCUUGUGGGAGUGAGCACCAUGGCAGGAAUUGUUGGAGAGGUCGCCAGGGCAAUAUGGGAUGCCUUGGUGCAGGAGGUCAUGCCAGUUCCCACCACUGAGGACUGGCGAAGCAUCGCCACUGACUUCCUCCAUCGGUGGAACUUCCCCAACUGCCUUGGGUCCAUCGAUGGAAAACAUGUUGUGAUCAGGGCCCCUGACAACUCGGAGUCCCUGUUCUUCAACUACAAGGGAACUCACUCUGUUGUGCUCCUGGCAGUGGUAGAUGCCCAGUACUGCUUCCGGGUAGUGGAUGUGGGCAGCUACGGGAGGACGAGUGAUGGUGGUGCGCUGGCUAACUCCCCCUUCAGCCAGGCACUCCGGGAUGGGACCCUUGGCCUGCCACAGGAUGCUCUGCUGCCAGGUGCAGAGCAUCUGGGACCACAGCCUCGUGUGUUUGUGGCUGAUGAGGCCUUUCGACUACGCAGAGACCUCAUGCGGCCUUUCCCAGGACACAAUCUGCCUGGCAGGCAAAGAAUCUUUAACUACAGGUUGUCACGGGCAAGGCUGAUUGUUGAGAAUACCUUUGGUAUUCUCACAGCUCAGUGGCGUAUUUACAGAGGAGUCAUUGAGAUCAGCCCUGCCAAUGUGGAUGCCUGUGUGAAGGCUACCUGUGUCCUGCACAACUUCCUGAGGAGGUCUACUAAUAUCACCAGGAUGCCCAUACCAUCGGCUGGAGAUGUGGAAGCUGCUGGGUUACAGGAGGUCACCCGAGUGGGCAGCAACAACGCUACACGGGAGGCCAUUCGUGUCCGGGAGAAAUUUAUGUCAUAUUUUUCCACAGAGGGAACUGUCCCCUGGCAACCUGUGGCAUAAGCUAUUACUUUUAACGGCUCUUUUAAGAGCCACCAAUUAAUCAAAAAAGCAAGAUUUCCAUAAAUAUAUCUGUGUGUGUUGCUGCUGAUAAGUAAAUCAGAGCCACUAUUUAAUGUCUGUGCAUAUUACCCUGUGUUCUCAGAUCUUUGGUGUGUUCGUGCAGUGUUAGUCCUGGCUGUGUUUGAGUCUCUCUGGCAUCGUUCCUGUUUUGGAUAUUCCCCGUCGAGGCAGUUUUGGAUUACCUAUUGGAUUCUUGUCAGGACUGGUUUACCCAUUGCAGUCUCUGUGCUACCAAGAAAUACUUUGCCCCGACAUCUGACCCUUGCUGUCUUUCCUGCUGCUCUUUUUCUUAAUAAACUGGAAUUUGCUGCCUUCA